AGCAUAAACAGCGGCUCGGCGCUGUCUGCCACGCCGACUCGACGCCUCUCCGCCCCGGCUGCAGCUCGGAAGCGUUUCCCCAUCGGCUCGCUCACACCCAGGCAGCACCGUCCAUCCACCCAUCCGUCCGUCCAUCAGCCUCCACAUUCAGGCAGGAUGGCAGCGCAGCACGCCGAGUUCCAGCGGGCCGGUCAGAACCCGGGUCUGCAGGUGUGGAGGGUGGAGAACUUCGACCUGGUGCCGGUUCCGGAGAACCUGUACGGCGGGUUCUACACCGGCGACGCCUACCUCAUCCUCAACACCAUCAAGCAGCGAUCCGGGAACCUGCAGUACGACCUCCACUUCUGGCUGGGUGAUUUCUGCAGCCAGGAUGAGAGCGGCGCGGCGGCCAUCUUUACUGUCCAAAUGGACGACUUCCUCGGGGGGAAACCGAUCCAGUACCGCGAGGUGCAGGGACACGAGUCCAAAACGUUUCUGGGCUACUUCAAAUCUGGAAUCAAGUACAUGAAAGGAGGCGUGGCGUCUGGGUUCAAACACGUCGUGACCAAUGAGGUGUCGGUGCAGCGGGUGCUCCAGGUCAAAGGUCGGCGUGUCGUCCGGGCAACGGAGGUGCCAGUCAGCUGGGACAGCUUCAACCAAGGCGACUGCUUCAUCUUGGACCUGGGGGAUGAGAUCUACCAGUGGUGUGGCUCUCAGAGCAACCGCUUCGAGAAGCUCAAGGCUACGCAGGUCGCCAAGGGUAUCCGUGACAACGAGCGCAGCGGCAGGGCCCGGGUGUACGUCUGCGACGAGGGAGCGGAGAGAGAGAAGAUGACGGAGGUUUUGGGGCCCAAACCAGAUUUGCCUCCUGGGGCUUCGGAUGACAUCACAGCUGAUGCUUCAAACAGGAAGCGGGCGAAACUAUACAAGGUUUCCAAUGCCAGCGGCGGCAUGACCGUUACUCUGGUGGCGGCGGAGAACCCGUUUGCUCAGAGCGCCCUGGAGUCCGGCGACUGCUUCAUCCUGGACCACGGCUCCGACGGCAAGAUCUUCGUCUGGAAAGGGAAAGACGCCAACAUGGACGAACGUAAAGCUGCGCUGAAGGCAGCCGACGAGUUCAUCAAGAAGAUGGGCUACCCCAAACACACGGAGGUCCAGAUCCUGCCAGAGUCGGGCGAGACGCCGCUCUUCAAGCAGUUCUUCAAGAACUGGCGCGACAAAGACCAGACGGAGGGUCUGGGCGUCGCCUACAUCGCCAACAGCAUCGCCAAGAUCGAGAAGGUGGAGUUCGACGCCGCCAGCCUGCACGAGUCGUCGGCCAUGGCGGCGCAGCACGGCAUGGUGGACGACGGCAGCGGAGAGAAGCAGAUCUGGCGUAUUGAGGGAUCCGAUAAGGCGGCGGUGGAUCCGUCCACGUAUGGACAGUUCUUCGGAGGAGACAGUUACAUCAUCCUGUACAACUACCGUCAUGGCGGACGGCAGGGACACAUCAUCUACAUGUGGCAGGGGUCGGACUCCAGUCAGGAUGAAAUCGGCGCCUGUGCGAUCCUCGGCUCCCAGCUGGACGACGAGCUCGGCGGCGGUCCUGUCCAGGUUGUCGGUGCUCCCAUAACCACCCAGGUGAGGGUGGUCCAGGGCAAGGAGCCGGCCCACCUCAUGAGCCUGUUCGGCGGCCAGCCCAUGGUGGUCUACAGGGGGGGGACGUCCAGGGACGGGGGCCAGUCGGCUCCGGCAGAGACCAGGCUCUUCCAGGUGCGCUCCAACUCUGCGGGGCACACCAGAGCCGUGGAGCUCGACGCCGUGGCCACCAACCUGAACUCCAACGACGCUUUCCUUCUUGUGAGCCCCGACGGCGCCUCCCUGUGGAUGGGAGUGGGCGCCAGCGACACCGAGAAGCAGGGAGCUCAGCAGCUGUGUGGCAUCCUGGGAGUGUCGGCGUCCGACGAGCUUUCAGAGGGAGGAGAAACUGAUCAGUUCUGGGCCGCUCUGGGCGGGAAGGCGGAGUACCGCACCUCCCCUAGACUCAAGGACAAGAUGGACGCUCACCCGCCGCGACUCUUCGCCUGCUCCAAUAAAACCGGGAACUUCAUCAUCGAGGAGGUUCCCGGGGAGAUGACCCAGGAUGACCUCGCCACUGAUGAUGUCAUGAUCCUUGACACCUGGGAGCAGGUGUUUGUUUGGAUCGGGAAUGAAGCUCAGGAGGAAGAAAAAACUGAAGCCAUGGCGUCUGCGGUGCGCUACAUCGAGACCGACCCGGCCAACAGAGACGCCCGGACCCCCAUCGUCAAGAUCAAGCAGGGCUUCGAGCCGCCCACGUUCACCGGCUGGUUCCUGGGCUGGGACCACGACUACUGGACCAGCGACCCGCUGGAGCGGGCCAUGGCAGAACUGGCUCUGUGAGCGAAUCACCGCCAUCGUCACUCUUCCUCUUCAAACAUUAUGCAACAAACGCCAAGAACGGCUUUGUUUUUUAGCUUCCAGCUCACUUUGUUUUAGUCUCUUAGUUUGUUCUCCUGUCCUUAGUGCCACAUCAGUGCCUUUCGUUUGUAUUAGAACCAACAGGAGACAUUUUGUUUUGCACUUUUAAACUUUUAUCGUAGACUGUUCUAAUUUUAUAUUGAAUCAGCAACUCAGAAGGAAAACAAGCGAUGCCUUAAUCUCAUUUAGUUUAUCGUUUUAAAAGGUACAGCACCUGUUUGCUGAUUUCUUUCAGUUCUGUAUUUAUUUUUUAAUUAUUGUCAGAAACCAAACUACUUUAAAAUAAAAAAAUGCAGCUGCUUCUGUUUCAAAUAAACCAAAUUCAACACA